GGCCGUGCACCCUGGCCGUGCGAGAGGGCUGAAGUUCGACUAAAUGACACGCUGCGUUUUGAGUUGCACGGCCAGAAUGGUGAUAUGCACGGCCGUGCACCCUGGCCGUGCGAGUCGGGAAAUCUGGUUUUAAGCCAAAUUCCGAACCAAAGGAGAGGGAGAGCUGGGUUUUGGAUCCCAAACACCCAAGGGACGAACCCUAGAGAGAGAGGGCGAUUUGAGAGCAUUCUUGGAGUAGAGAAGGAGGAUUUCUUCGCCUUGGAAGCUCGAGGAACAAGCCCGGACUUGAAGACUGAUCAUCUGAAGAUUCUUACUGCAGUCUCUCUCUUCUCUAUGGAGUAACUUCCCUUCACUUAGGUUUUGAGGAACCCUAGCUAUGUUUGUUUGAUUGGAUGAUUGUAUGAGUACUCUGACUGGAUAAUCUUGAGUUCAUAUUCAAUCUAUGCAUGUUUUCAUGAUUCAAUUCUGCUUUAGUCGAAAUUAUUGAUUCUGCUUUGAUUCUAUGAGAGGGAAUACCUGAUUAGGUCAAUAGAGCACCAUAGAUUGAUAGUAGUGGAUCGAUUGCUUUAGUCGAGGGUUGAUUCACUGCUUUGUAUCGAUUGAGAACCUCUUUCGAUAGAGGGAGUCUAGUUCAGAACGCCUUGAUCAGUUGUUCUAGAGAAGGAUACGUCCCUCUAGGCAAUUGACUCAAGAGGGCCUUGUUCCUUUAGUCGAGACUCAAGGUCUACUCAAGGAUUCUCCGCAUUGUGAAUGAAAGUGAAACAAGUUGGAAAUCAUCAAUCGUUAGUCUGGCUAGUGGCUAGGGGGAAUCAUACCUAAGUGAGUUCCCAACCUGUAAUUAGAUUAACUUUAACUGUAGUUUGCUAGAGUAGUUUUAGUUCUUUCAUCUUAAUCUGAUUUGCUAAAUAAUAAACUGAAGCUGAGUAAUAGUAACUCUAGAGACCCGUGGAUUCGAUAUUUAUCACUUGAGCCACUAUACUGCAGUCCCUUCCAUUGGUUACACUUGGCCAUUGUUAGGUGUUGUGUUUUAGAGCAGUCAAUUGUGGUUACUAUGGUCACCUUGAGAAUCAAUGCCCAUUGAAAGCUGGGGGAUGCCCUGCUACACCAUGGGCCAUGGAUGCUAGCCUCAAGAGCGAAGAGGAACAAACCACAACAGAGAAUGCGAGGCCAAGAAGCAACACCAAAAGGAGAAUGACAAAAUCAAAGGAAGGAUGACACAGGCUCUAGGUUCAAUGUACUGAGUGAGCAAAUCGAAGAGGAAACAGAUGAUGAAGAUGGAACCACAGAUGAGCAAUCGGAAUCGAGUCAAGCAAAGGACAAUGGAAAAGAGAAAGGUACAACACCAAGGAAUGCUCAGGCUGGAACAAAAGGGGAAAAUCGGAAUGUAAAGACAAGGAAGAACAAAGAAAAUCAGGCAAUGGAGAAAGCGCAAGAGAAGACUAAGGACCAGAAAUUGCACGAAAGGAAGGAGAACCAGAAGACUUCCCCUGAAAUUACCAAGCAAAAAAUGAAGACUACUGAGACAUCUAAGAAGAGUGUGUCUGCACAACCAUACUUGAAAAAUGAAGCCAGUAACCAGACAAGAGCGGAGAAACUACCUGCAACAUCCAAACUGCAAGCUGGUAAGAAGGGGAAAGAAGUAACUCCCAACCCCAAAACUGGUAAGCAGGCAAGUGACAAGAAACAUCUGGAUGUUGCAAAAACGGGACAUCAACCUAAGAUGAAGGAAUCUCCACCGGGUAAUGAUGCAAAGGAGUAUUCCAAAAUGAUUGUGAUUUCCCCUGAAAGUGGGAGUGAUAUUUCCAGGAAAAUUGUCUUCAAUGGUAACCUGGAGAAUAUCCAUACAGCAUCUGAGAAUGUGCAACAGCUCACCACAGUGGACCUGGAUUGCUCUGCUGAAGAUGAGAAGACAGCCAUGAUCAUUGAGACUAACUAAGUCUUGACUUUAGGUCAUAAAGGGAAGCACUCUUU